UUCAGAAUUCGACUAGAGUUGAUCAGUUUCCCUGCUGCUUGGUACCGAUUGUGUGCCAUGUGCAGGGAUUUUGCUGCUUUGUAGUUGAGCAUUCGGGGGGCUGAGCUAUUUUUUUCCUGUUUUUUCUUUUCUAGAAAUUUUUUUUGUCACUAGUUUGGCGGUGAGUUUGUUUUUCGGGUGUUGCAUACACCUGGAGGAGUGGCCAUGGGCUACGUCAGUAAGCAUGGCGUCGAGGCGCUGCAGCGCUACAAGUACAGCGGGAUCGAUCGCUCUUACAUGGCCAAAUGGGUUUUCCAGCCAUUCUGGCGCUUUGCCGUGAAUUUCUUCCCCAUGUGGAUGCCUCCCAACAUGAUUACUUUGAUGGGCUUUGGGAUGAUCCUUACUUCAGCGAUGUUGAGCUAUGUUUAUUCACCGCACUUGGAUGCUCCACUUCCUCGGUGGGUGCACUUUGCACAUGGCAUCCUUCUCUUUCUUUACCAGACCUUUGAUGCUGUUGAUGGGAAACAAGCUAGGCGGACAAAUUCGUCGAGUCCUCUUGGAGAACUUUUUGAUCACGGUUGUGAUGCCCUCACUUGCUCGUUUGAAAAUAUGGCUUUUGCAUCCUCUGUGAUGGCUGGCAAACUAUCGUUCUGGUUCUGGGUGAUUGCAACGAUUCCUUUCUAUGGUGCCACUUGGGAAAGUUUCUUCACAGAUACGCUUAUCCUUCCUGAAAUCAAUGGUCCAACUGAAGGGCUGAUGAUUAUCUACUGCGCCCACAUUUUUACAGGAAUCGUCGGCCCAACAUGGUGGACACAAAGUAUUAAGAAUGCCGUUCCAUUUCUGGGGAUGAUUCCAUUCAUUCCAGAUGUAUCUGUGACUGUAGUAGUCAUCUUUUUGAUGAUGUCGGUGGCAGUUGCCCCUACUGUGGGCUACAAUUUUGUGAACGUCUACAAAGUUGUGAGGGGAAGAGGUACCAGUUUUAGAACGGCGUUGGCAAUGCUCUUGCCAUUUUGGACUCUUCUAGGAGCAGUUCUGUUCUGGGGGUGGACAUCACCUUCUGAUAUCUUAAGGUUUCAACCACAUUUGGUCAUGAUGGGAGCUGGAUUCGCCUUCGCUUACCUAGUGGGCCGACUAAUUCUUGCACAUCUAUGUGAUGAACCCAAAGGUUUGAAGACAGGAAUGUGCACGGCACUUUUGUACCUGCCUUUUGCGAUUGGCAAUGCACUGUCAGCAAAUUAUUUCAAUGGUGAACCUCUUGUGGAUGAGACUUGGGUCUUGGUUGGCUUCUGUGCUUUCACAGCUUCACUUUACGGCCACUUUGUUGUAAGUGUUAUUCAUGAGAUUACAGAGGCACUUGGCAUCCAUUGCUUCAGGAUUGGUAAAGUCAAAGACGGGAAAGGAACCUAAGCAAGAGGAAUCUUUGAUGCAUCUGAAAUCAAGUCUUGCGGGCUCUCGCUGUAGUUGGAGGGCAUACAGAAGACUUUGUACGUUUAGUGAUUUUGCUGUAAAAUGUGAUUUGGACCUCGUGGUAGAUCCAGAUAAUUGUUGUUUACGUAGUGCAUGCUUCGUGUUGAGGAGAUUAAUCCACACUUCGCAGGUUGUAGACAUUGUGUAGGGAUUGGAACGGUAGGAGGUUCUUCGCACUCGUUGCACUCUACCAAGGCUUUUCUGCCAUUCCAUGUCGCAUGAAGUAGCUCCCUAUGCAUCGUUCUGUGUACAAGGAUUUUGAAUUGAAACGUAUUUUUCGUCAUUUUUA